GCACCCGGAAGCUGGCUCGCAGGGCCUUCAAGAACGCCUUGUCCGGGGCUCUCAAGGAGGCAGAGGAGCAAGGCAAGAACUUGAUUACCGAGCCACUCAUGGCUUCUCUGGAGGCGGUGCGGGGUCCCCGGGCGAUCGUGACGCCCUGGUCGAGCCGGGCCGUCACGCAGCGCAUCCGCCUGGUCUCUAUUGCCAGAAGGUACCUCGGGUACCUCUCAGUGCUUAGUCUUGCGAUCCAGAGUUUUAAGGGACUCCGCCAGUUCUCUGCUAGCGACAAAGCUUCGCUGGAGCACACCGAGAAGGAGCUGGAAAAGGUGUCGCCGGCUCGUGAUGCCUGGCUCCUCCGCCACCUGUGGCCGGAGCUGGCACCGCUCACGCUGGGUGCCGGUGCGCUGGCCAUCGCAAGUUUCGUGAACUUCCGGACCGGCGCGCAGCUCAAGCAGGCCAUCGAGAGUGCCGAGGAAGGCCGGUCUUCCGCAGCGCGCAGCCUUUUGCUUUUCGGCCUGGGGGCUUUGGCAGGCUGUGUGAGGACCAUCAGCUUCGACAGCACUUCGGAGCGCCUCCGCGCCUCCAUGGCCGUGGAGGUCUUCGCCGCCCGGCUCUUGGAGGAGCCGCAGGUGUCCUCCGAUGCCUCCGGGGCCUCCCAGAACAAGGCCUCCGUGGCCUCGAUGGAGAGCGACGUGGCCCUCUGCGCGGACUUCAUCUUGAAGCUCCAGAACUUGGUCCGCUACGCGUGGCUUGGGCAGCAUUUCCCCAACUUUGCAAGAGCGGAGCUCCAAAUCUGGAUCCCAAGCUACGGUAACGCAACUGCAUCGAAGGCAGAACCGCGCCCCACCCAAAAACACUGCAAGCAUCCUUUGCAGGUCUUCGAUCGUGGGCGGGACAGUGACCAUGUUCCGUGCGUCCUGGAAGCUGAGCGCAGCUGUGUGGCCCCUCUUGGUCACCGGCGCCCUGCACGGA